UUAUUUUAAGCCGCUGAUGUGAUAAUUAGGCUGAUGUGAUAAUUAGGCGCUAUAAAAUACAAAUGCUUUAGACGACGUGAACAAAAGUCGAAGCUGAUUUAGUUUUACAAAAUAAAUAUGUCAUUUUCGGGUAGUAGAAUCGUAUUGGGCGGAACAGAAGAAGCCAAUCCGGUAGAGAACAAGUCGUCGUUUGACUUCAAUAAGUAUGCUACAAAGAAAACCGUAUCGAAAGGUCUUCUGAACAUCGGCCUGCUGACGUCUAACGCAAUGCAGCUAAAAACAACUAUUAGCCAAGGUUCCUCACACAGCUAUUUCUACCUGAAUAUCGUUAUGAUCACCAUUUCCAUUGUCCUGCAGAUUGUCCUCGCAAUUUUAUUGGUGAAGCUCGGACUCAAUAAAGGACAACACGACGAAGCAAUGAAGAGCGCAGACAGACACAAUAAUGUUGUUACCGGCAUUGUGGCGGUCAUAACCGUCAUAAAUAUACUCAUAUCAAUUUUCACUGCCUGAAAACGAUAACAGUUUUCUUAGACUGGAGACUUAACUGAUAUCUAUUGUUAUAAUUCCAUUUUCUUGGACUUGACUGAUAAAUACAGUUCUUAUUCCAAACAUUCAAUAAUUCGAUUCUUAUUUUUUAUUUCAUAUUAAAGAAAAUAUAAAAUGAUUUAGUUUACUAGCAUUCUUAUGUUGAAUUAUUCAAUCUGUUUGCAGCUGGAAAAAGUAACAGUCGGUUGUGAUUGACCGUUUAUUUCUUCCAACAAUGUUAAUAUUGAUAAAAAAGACACAUUUAUAAGAAAAGCUUGCUGAAAAUUGUAAAGUACAAAUAAUAUUUACAAUUUACAUGUACAUGUAUAUUAAGGAAAUUAAAUGAUAUAAUAAUUU